GCAAACCGAAAUAUAACCAUAAUUAUUUCAACUCCAAUUUUUGUGAUUAGGUUUAUGUCUAAUAGAUAAUUUAAGCGUAUAAAACUAGUUUGAUUGCAUUUAUGUGUAGAAUGGAUUUCUAAAAUUUAACUCUAAGUAGCUUCCUCCCGUAUGUAACACUGAUAGAAUCCAUAAGGCCACUUGUUCAACAAUGGAUAUAUCCAGCAACAAUCUUUCACAACCAACAGCUAUGAGUAUGGACACAGAUAUGAAUCUUUACUCUAGUGUUACACAAAAUGAUAGAGGGUCGCCAGCUCCUGUGCUGGGCAACAUUCAGUCUGUACUGACCACUGCCAACACCAGCAGCCCUACUCAGUCCCCUACACCUCAGGUUAAGAUGCAGCACGACGGAAACUCCACCCAGAUGCUGACGAGACCUCGCCUACAAGAGCUUGUUAGAGAAGUGGAUGCCACUGAACAGCUGGAUGAAGAGGUUGAGGAGAUACUACUACAGCUUGCUGACGAUUUUGUUGAAACCACUGUGAAUGCUGCCUGCCUUCUUGCCAAACAUCGAAAGGCAAACACCGUGGACGUUAAAGAUGUUCAGCUUCAUCUUGAGAGGAACUGGAACAUGUGGCUGCCAGGGUUCGGCACAGACGAGCUCCGGCCGUACAAGCGUUCUUCUGUCACCGAAGCUCACAAGCAGCGCCUUGCUCUCAUACGCAAAGCUCUUAAAAAAUACUAGCCUUCACCUUUACCCACCUACAUUAUGCAACUCCACGUUUUAUAAUAAAAUAUAUUUUACUUCA